AUGAAGCAUAAUAAGAAAUUAAGAAGAGUUCGUAAGAGUCAUCGUGGUAAUUUUAGAUUAAGAAUUCAAAAGUCUUUUGAAGAUUAUAGGAAAAACCAAGUUUCAUAUAAAAUAUUAUUUCGUUUAUAUCGUAGUUUUAAACGAAAUAAUAUAAAGAUGAAAUUUCCUUUAAAAAAUGUAAUUAAGAAACAUAAAGUACGAAAGAAUAAAUUUAAAGCACGCCGUACUAAAUCUUAUUCUUUUUAUUUUUCGAAAUUAGUAGGCUUAAACAGUUUUUUUAAGAAUCGCCUGAUUUUUAAAAAGAACAUAUUUAAUUUUAAUAAACGUAAUGUUAAAGUAUUCUUAAAAAGACUUUUUCUUAAUAGAAAAAUUUUUAAGUUGAAGAAGCGUGCUAUUAGGAACUUUAAACUUAAGAACUUAAAAAAGAAAUUAAAAUGGAAGUUAUUUUUACGUAAAUCUUUUAUCAAAGUCUUUGGGUUUUAUUUAAAGAAAUCAUUACAAAAAGGUAAAGGUAUUACAGUGGCAUUAAAGGAAGAAACUUUAAAGUCAUAUUUGAAUUAUCUUAUUUUAAAACGUAAAUCGAAAGGAAGUAGUAAUAUUGAUUUAGAGCUUUUUAAGUUUUUAAGCUUAAUACAAUUAAGAGCUGCUCUUAAUUGUAUUAAAGAUUUUAAAAACCUAAAUUAUAUUCUUCCCUUAGUUUCUUUUAAGCUAAUUCUUGAACGCUUUUUAAAAAUCAAUACCUUAAUGUCUUUAAAUGAGGAUUUUAGUACUUUUAACCAUUUAAGUUUUAAAAUGAUUAAUCAUUUGUUAAAAUUUAAAUGGUUAAAAAAUAAGUUAUAUAAGCGAUUAAAAUAUAAUUUAUUACAAAAAGUAAAAGAACAUAGAGUGGUGGAACGAAAAAAUAAUUUGUGUAUUAUUUUACCAAAAACUAAUUAUGAUUACAUUGAAAUGAAUCAUUACUUUAAAAUUUAUCGUAAAUUACGAAAUAAAUUACGUAAAAGGGGGCGUAAACGACGAUCCAUGUAUUUACUUUUUAAUAAAUUGACAGAUAUAUUUAAUUAUAAGGUUCGUAAAUUACGUGCGUCACGCUAUUAUAUAAGUAUUCAAAAAACAAGAUUACCGCAGGUAGGCUUAUUUAUGAU